AUGUCAGCUUCCUGUAAACUGCAUUUCUCCUCAGCUGAGAGCCAUCUGGUCAAGAGGUCGGUGUAUUGUUCUGGUGGAUGGUCUGCGUUCAACGGACGAUGUUUUCGCUACAUUCCAACACCAAUGACUUGGGCUCAAGCUGAGAAAAACUGUCAGGCUCUUGGUGGAAACCUGGCAUCAGUGCAUGACUAUAGGGAGCACCUCAAGCUUCAGAGGGUGAUAAGAGACGCCACCUAUUCGUACAGAAAAACCUGGAUUGGAGGCUCAGAUGCUCAGCAGGAGAACGUUUUCUUCUGGAGUGAUGGAACACCUUUCCGCUACACCAGCUGGUGUCCUGGAGAGCCGAACAACCAUCUAGCCCCACAGCACUGCAUCCAGAUGAAUUUUGGAAACACCAAGUGCUGGGACGACUUGCAGUGUUCGUGUCGUCGUCCGUCUGUCUGCGCCAAGAGAAUCCGAUGACUCCUGGACAUGAAGUACCAAUAAAAACACAAACGCUGACUGUGUUGACAUGAUCUUACUUCUUUGUGUAAUCUGUAUCAUUUCGAAAGCAAAGGCUCUUUAUAUCUCUUUAAAGCUUUAUAUUUUGUCUACUGCUGUAAUGCAACCGAAGGAACAGAGCGACAAGUUACACAAACAGAAAGUGGAUCAUCUCUGAGGCCUGGUGCCUUUAAAAACAGUGAAUGUGGAGCGAAAAGAAAGCUUUUAGCACGACUCUCCUUUCUUGUCUGCAACAUUAAAAAUUUCAAGUAUUAAAUCAAACUUGUCACUGAUUGUUCCCACCUACAAAGUUCUUUUA